AUGCAGGACGCCGCGGAGGGCAAGGAUUACAGCUUUCCAAAGGAGGAGGAGAAGAUCCUCCAGCUGUGGACGGAGACCGACGCCUUCCGCGAGCAGCUCCGCCGCACGGAGGGCCAGCCGGAGUACGUGUUCUACGACGGGCCGCCGUUCGCCACCGGCCUGCCGCACUAUGGGCACAUCCUAGCGGGCACGCUGAAGGACAUUGUAACGCGCUAUGCGUCGAUGACGGGGCAUCAUGUGACGAGGCGCUUUGGUUGGGACUGCCACGGCCUCCCUGUGGAGUAUGAGAUCGACAAGAAGUUGGGAAUCAAAACUCGGGACGAUGUGCUGAAGUAUGGCAUCGCAAACUACAAUGAAGAGUGCAGGAGUAUUGUGAUGAGGUACUCCAAAGAAUGGGAGAAGACUGUGACACGGAUAGGAAGGUGGAUUGAUUUCAAGCACGACUACAAAACCUUGGACCCUUCAUUCAUGGAGAGUGUCUGGUGGGUGUUCAAGCAGCUGUAUGAGCGUGGUUUGGUCUACAAAGGCUCCAAGGUAAUGGCAUACUCCACGGGGUGCAGUACGCCACUCUCCAACUUUGAGGCCGGUCUGAACUACAAGGAUGUGCAAGACCCUUCUGUCAUGGUGAGUUUUCCCAUCGACGAUGACUUGGAAGGCACAUCCUUCAUUGCCUGGACCACCACACCCUGGACGCUCCCAAGCAAUUUGGCACUGUGUGUCAAUCCUCAAUUUGACUAUGUCAAGGUGAAAAAUCCUGAGACAGGCGAUCAGUACAUUGUUGCAGAGAGCAGGCUAUCCGAGAUUCCAGGCGCAGUGCCCAAACCCCAGAAAGGGAAGAAGAAGGGCCCCCAGCCAGCUGGCUUCUCGGUCAUCCAGAAGAUGAAGGGAACCGACCUCGUGGGCCUCAAGUAUGCUCCACUGUUUCCCUUCUUCUGUCACCUGAAGGAGAGUGGAGCAUUCCGCGUUGUUGCAGAUGGCUAUGUCACGAGCGACUCUGGCACAGGCGUUGUGCACCAGGCGCCCGCAUUUGGAGAGGAUGACUUCCGUGUGUGCCUGGCAAAUGGAGUUGUUCAGAAAGGGCAGCCUCUGCCGUGUCCUGUGGAUGCGAGUGGGUGUUUCACAGAAGAAGCGUCGGACUUCAGUGGCAUGUAUGUCAAAGACGCCGACAAGGAGGUCAUGAAGGCCAUCAAGGGCAUGGGGCGACUCAUCAGCCACCAGACAAUUUCUCAUUCAUACCCAUUUUGCUGGCGUUCUGAGACACCACUGAUAUACAAGGCUGUACCUAGCUGGUUUGUGAAGGUUGAGAGCUUCAAGGAGAACCUGCUGGAAAACAACAAGAAGACGUACUGGGUGCCUGCAUAUGUGAAAGAAAAGAGGUUCCACAACUGGCUCGAGAACGCCAGAGACUGGGCAGUGUCACGCAGCCGAUUUUGGGGCACGCCAUUGCCAAUCUGGAUGAGCGAUGACGGUGAGGAGAUCGUGGUUGUAGGAUCGGCAAGGGAGCUUGAGGAGUUGUCUGGAGGGAAGGUAACAGACCUCCAUCGCCACUUCAUCGAUGACCUGACGAUUCCCUCAAAAUUGGGCAAAGGCGAUUUGAGACGUGUGGACGAUGUGUUUGACUGCUGGUUUGAGAGUGGCAGCAUGCCUUACGCCCAACUGCAUUAUCCAUUUGAGAACAAGGAGCUCUUUGAGAACAACUUUCCAGCAGACUUUAUUGCUGAGGGGCUGGAUCAGACACGUGGCUGGUUUUACACACUCAUGGUUCUAUCAACUGCCCUAUUCAACAAGCCACCCUUCAAGAACCUGGUCUGCAACGGACUGGUUCUGGCAGCAAAUGGCGUCAAGAUGAGCAAGAGAUUGAAGAACUAUCCGGAUCCUGUGGAGUUGGUGAAUAAGUAUGGCGCCGACGCCCUGCGCCUGUAUCUCAUCAACUCGCCUGUCGUGAGAGCAGAGGAGCUGAAGUUCAAGGAGGAGGGGGUGUUUGGCGUUGUGAAAGACGUGUUCCUCCCGUGGUACAAUGCAUACAGGUUUCUGGUGCAGAAUGUGCUGAGAUGGGAAAUGGAGUCUGGCCAGAAGUUUGACCCCUCAAAGGUUGACCUGGACAAGGCAUCCAAUGUGCUAGAUCGUUGGAUCUGUGCAUCAACCCGUGCGCUGGUCACCUUCUUCCGCCGGGAAAUGGAGGCAUACAGGCUGUACACUGUUGUGCCAUACCUAGUCAAGUUCAUUGAGAAUUUGACAAAUGUGUAUGUGCGGUACAACAGAAAAAGGCUAAAGGGCCGUGCGAGUGGCGAUGACUGUCAGUAUGCCUUGUCAAGUCUCUUUGAUGUGCUGCUGACGCUCUGCAAGCUCAUGGCUCCCUUCACCCCCUUUUUCACUGAAAACAUGUACCAGAACUUGAAACACUGCCUGCCCUCAGACGCUGCCCCUCCGAGCGUCCAUUUCUGCCCCCUGCCUCCAGAAGCGGAGAGCCAUGAGGGCGACGCCCUUCUCAACGAGUCCGUUGACCGAAUGCAGAGGGUGAUCGAUGCGGCCAGGGUCAUUAGGGAGCAGAGGAAGAAGCCAAUCAAGACACCCCUCAAAGAGAUGAUCGUUGUGCAUCCUGACACACAGUUUCUUGCUGAAAUCACAGGUGAGCUUCGGCAGUAUGUGGUGGAGGAGAUCAAUGUGGUGAACCUGGAGGUCUGUAGUGAUCCCCUGAAGUAUGCCAACCUCCAGGCUGAGCCUGACUGGAACGCCCUGGGCCCACGACUAAAGAAGGACUUGGGCAAAGUGGCUGCUGCAGUGAAGAAGAUGGAUGUGGCAGCCAUCAAUGAGCUGCAGGCUACAGGUUCAGUCACUCUGGAGGGGCAUGAAAUCAAAUCUGACGAAAUUAAGAUCUUGAGAAAAUUCAAUCCGCCUGAAGGCCACAAUAGCGAAGAAAUGGAUGCUGGUGGGGAUAUGGACGUUUUGGUUGUGCUGGAUCUGAGAGUCGACACUGGUCUUCUGGAGUCAGGAAUGGCUAGGGAGAUUGUGAACAGGUUCCAGAAGCUUCGGAAGAAGGCUGGUCUGACAGUCACAGAUCCUGUGGAAUUGUACUAUGAUCUGCAGCAGAAUGGCAGCGAUGGCGACUCUCCUGCGGACAUGUUUUUGAAGGUGGUCACCUCUCACAGCGCUUACUUCUGCGAGUGCUUCGGCGGUCCCCUGCUGCCCUCCUCCAGAAAACCGCCUCAAGCAAAGGUGAUCGCGGAGGAGGAGCAGGUCGUUGGGCCUGAAGACAGCAGGGCGACUUUUAUGGCCAUCCUGACGGACACAACGGUGGAGAGCACAGAGUCUGGGAUGCAAGAGGCAGCGGUGUGA